CCCUCCCCGUGGUCCCAGGUGACGCUGUGUCCCCCGGAGCCCCAGCUCCCCAGUAUGUCCCAGUUGUCCCAGUUCGUGGUGCGGUGCGGGACGGAGGAGGACAAGUUCCUGCUGCUCUACGCCCUGCUCAAGCUGCGGCUGCUGCGGGGCCGGGCCCUGCUCUUCGUGGCCACGCUGGCCCGUGGCUACCGCCUCAAGCUCUUCCUCGACCAGUUCGGCAUCCCCGCCUGCGCCCUCAACGCCCAGCUCCCCGCACGCUCCCGGUGCCACGUCAUCGCCCAGUUCAACCGGGGCAUCUACGACUACAUCGUGGCCACCGACGAGGAGGCCCCGGCCCUGCCCGCGGGGCACCCCCCCGGCAAGAGGCGCAGGGGCACGGGCCAGAGGUGCCACGUCAUCGCCCAGUUCAACCGGGGCAUCUACGACUACAUCGUGGCCACCGACGAGGAGGCCCCGGCCCUGCCCGCGGGGCACCCCCCCGGCAAGAGGGGCAGGGGCACGGGCCAGAGGUGA